UCCCCCAAACUGCCGCUGCCAGUGCGCCUCGAAGGCUCAACCCACAGGAACCACCAGUGAGCAGAAAGCAAAACCAACAAGCCUAGGACUGGAUACGCUGGAAACUAAAUUGGGCCUGAGGAGAGCCCUUCCAGGUUGAGGACUGCAGCUCGCUCAUUCUGGUCCCCAGACACCAACAUCUGCAGAAGCGUACUUCGUCAUCGACCAUAUUCAGAGUAUGGCGUCUCAAGGCUGCUGUCGGGCCAUCACCUGCUUACUCUGCCUGGGAGUCAAGGAGGACCAGGAAGAGCAGCACGAUGUGAAAGCACAGAUGAUCUUUCAGGCUGGAGAGGGGAGAGAGAAGAAAGGUGUGGGAGUGGGAGCACGGCCUGGAGUGGGAGUACAGCCUGGAGUGGGAGCACAGCCUGGAGUGGGAGCAGUGGGAGCAAACAGGGAAGGAGAAGAAUUAAAUGGAGGAAAAGAAGGCCCCUUUGGUCCUGGUGUUCCAGGUCCUGUGGGUGAUGGGAAGAAAAAUGGUGGCACCAGCAGCAGUGGCAUGGAGCAAGAGCAAAUGGAGCUGGUUACUGAGGGCACAGAGAGUCAGAAGAGCCUAAAGCCUCCAGAGAGGCCAAUGGCCGGCCACCACCUUCGGUUCAACCAGCAGCAGCUGGAGCAAUUGGAGACCAUUUUCCAGCGCAGUCAUUCUAGCAAUGAGCCAGCAAGGAAGGAUCUCGCAAGAUGGAUGGGUGUAAGUGAGUCCAGAGUGUAG